AUGAGGAAGACUCCCAAAGAGUGGCAAAAUGCCAUCACACUACUGCGGAGGUCAAAGCUUCCUCAGAUCCUAGAAAAGGACGAGGACAUGUUUCCCAGACUGAAGCUUGGCUAUGAUUAUUUGCCAGAUGAUUCUAUAAGAAAGUGUUUCUUGCUGUGCACGUUGUGGCCGGAAGAGUUUUCUAUAAACAAUAGUGAACUCAUCGAGUGCUGGAUGGGCCAUGGGUUGAUAGAUGUCGGCGUCUUCAACGACAUCAACGAGGCCUACGAAAGCGGGCAUGCUAUCAUAGGAAAACUAAAAUCCGCUUGUUUGCUAGAGCCUGGGUUCGACGAAGACACUGAAGUAAAAAUGCAUGAUAUCAUCGGAGACAUGGCACGGUGGAUAGCCUCCGACGGGGACGAAAAUAAUCAGAAGUUGAUUGUGCAAAGUGGUGCCACAUUCUGCAGAAGCUCAGCAGACUUGAAUGUUUGGGCAACAACGAAGCAGGUCACCUUAACCAGAAGUGAGAUCAGAGAAUUCCCUGGCGCUCCUCUGAAGUGUCCCAACCUGGCUCUCCCAACUGCACUCUAUGUGAUGAUGUGGCGCCUGCGCGUAAAAAAGCUGCUCGACUUGCGCCAGCCUCACCAGCUGUUGCUAUCAAAUUUCCUCAGCACCCACAUGUCGUCGAGCCUUCAGCAGCUGGAGAUUGCAUACUGUGUGACCCUGGAGGAGCUGAUAAUGGAAAAGGGGAGUGAGACAGCAGGGCAUGGUGGUGACAUUUUUCCGACACUUUCCAUCCUGCGUGCAUAUGGCUGCGACAAGCCGAAGAACGUCACAUGGGCUCUCAAGCUCGAGUACCUAGAAGAGCCUGACGUGUACGAUUGCAAGGAGAUGAAGCGAUUGAUCGAUGAUGCGGAUGAGGCAGAUGCUGGGACCAAUCUGGCCUUUUCUGGCCUCAAGGCGAUCCACCUGCUCGGUCUGCCAAAUUUGACCGCCAUCUGUCGCAGUCAGUCCACCUUCCCUUCGUUGGAACUUCUUGUUGUGAGUGGCUGCCCAGCUCUCGGGAGCCUACCUUUCAACUCGGAGACGCCCAAAAACAAAUUAAGAACAGAGGCAAUGAAUCCUAUGGAGCUAGAGUCCAUUCAUUGGGCUGCCACUGCUACGAAGAGGAAGAAGUUGAGUGUAGCCCCCACCCCAAAAUAUGGCCGAUCUGAGGCCGUGCUUGCCCAACCUGUGGUUGGGGGUUCCUCGGGACCCAGCGGCGCCUGGAGGAAGGAGUCUUCAAUGCCAGCAAGGAUGGUGAUGCCGCUUCAGUCCAUCGCAUCGGGGGAACUAUCCCCUAGCCUUCUAUAUCUUCAUCACACCAUUCGGGUACUCCUCGAAUUUUGGUGUGAAUGUCUUCUCAUUCGACCGACCUACAGGCCAGAUAUCUUCCCCGAUGGUAGUUUUAUCGAAUGUUGA